AUGGCGGAAACGGCACGUAGCACGGCGGGCGGUGUGCCGUUCGAGCCCAAGCUCCUGGAGGAUAUGCAUGAGCUGACGUACCUGGAGUACCUCCUGCAGCUGGCGUUCCACACCGCAGACCUGCACGUCACCAAGGCGUUCAUGCUCGCCACUCCAGAUGACGCAGAACGGUUCAGGAGCAACUCGGAGGAGCACUACCACGGGUCCAUCCUCCCGGUCUGGGUGGAUAUGAACCGCAUGGAGCCUCCGCAGUCGUUCGAUGACUGCGCCAAGCGCGGCACAAUGCCAGUAGACGUGACCCAGCAGCUGUUCGAGACCGGUACCAUAUCACCGCCGCUAGGCUUCCAGGGCAACCCAACUGGCUCGUACCGCAUGCUGCUCUUCCGCAUAGCCGUGGGUCGCACGAUGUCGCACACUCCAGAGGCUGGGGACCACGAUGCGUUCCUGAAGCGCAAGAUACCGGCUGGGUACGACUCCCUAGAGCUGUGCACCAACACCGAGCCUGCGUUCUACAACGCCCUUUAUCGCAUAAGCUCCGAGCGGCAGGCUAUGUUGUGCGCUGCCGUGGAGUUCGAAUUUACUCCAGUCAAAAUCGAGGUGCCAGAGCCCGUCUGCGAGAUGUGUGAAUCCGCAGCGGCCCAGUGGUACUGCCACUCGGACAAGGCGCACUUCUGUAACGCCUGCGACGCCAAGCAGCACUCGGUUACGCCCAUAUUUGCACGCCACGUACGCGUGGCGACUUCCAAGUCGCCAGUGCAAUUCGGGCUGUGCGAGUCGCACCCAUCCGAGGUCAUCGACGUGGUCUGCCUACAGUGCAACCGCGCCCUCUGCAGCCACUGCAUACUCUUCGACACGCACUCUGACCCGUCCUUCUUCGACCACCCGCUGAUGUCAACGCUCGACGCUUACGAGUGCGCCAUGCACAAGACCUCCGAAAGCGACGUCACCCUGAAGCGGCGCAUGGAAACCAUCAUGGGGCGUAUCCGGAACCGCCACGACCUGCUGUCGCAGAUCUACGCGAAUUUUAAUAACAUCCGCGAGAAAAUCGACAACGCCACCUCGAUGCUGCUGGAGCAGCUGGACGGCAUGCGCACCCGCAAGCUCCAGUACCUGAAGGCCAUCCGGCGCGAGGCCGAGACCGAGCUCCUCGUCAUGGAUUGGCUGGAGUCGUCAAUGGCGCACCUGUUGCUGUCGCUGAACCACGCCGACUUCAUCACGAACCGGAAGAAGUACGACCUGCUGGUCGACAAGAUGUUCGGCGCCGACUGCAGGGUCAGCGUGGCCAACCUCCCGUUCUGGAUGAUGCAGCGCCUGGUGCUCGUCGGCGGCACCGAAUUGAGGCGCAUGCCGCUGCAGCAGGGGAUCGGUAGCGGCAUGACCGCAAAUGCGGAUGCGUCCGCCGCCGCCGUUGCGGGCGAUUUCACCCGCACCAACCUUUUCGAGGACCUCGGGGAAAGCAUAAGCCACGUACAGGGCGAACGCGUCAGUUUGAAAAGCAAGAUAGAAUCAAUUCUCAAAAACGAGCCCAUGGAGCUGACCGGGGUGCCUCGAAGCGGGGUUGUGGGCACGUCAUCAGACCCAGGGUUCGUUGAUGAGGCUACUAUGGACGCCGGCAGUUCUCCGACGGCUCCAGUGCCCGAACCACAGCCAUCACAACUGGUGCUGGCCGUGCAGGACCACGUCCUGGAGCCGGUGUGGACGUUGCUCUCCGAGGGGGGAAUGGCGACGCUGCUGCAUUUCAUUCGCGCGGUACGCAUCCCGGAGAAGAACCACGUAAUCCGGCAUAUCGCAACACUGGCCAACUAUUUCGAAGAAAUGGACACGCUGGUCACUAACGCGUGCGAGUUCGAGAUACAGGACCUCAGCCAAAGCAGCCUCUGCAUGCUGAUGCGCAGCUCGAGCUGCAUCAGUGAGAUUCUGAACUUCAUAUUCCUGCACGAGCGCUACGGCUGCGAGGAAUCGAUCGAGUGGAUAAAGCUAUACUGCGACUGUCUCCAUGCAUUCAUUUCAAACAACGCCGACGCGAGACACGCGGCUGAGGAGGCAACGUCCCACAUCGUCAACAAGCUCGUGCAGUCGUCCGACGUCGCCACGAUGCCGUCAACGCUGCGUUUUAUGAUUUACUUCUUUGCGGAGUUGGCAGCGGAUCGCGCCGCAAGUUUAUGUGUCGACAUGCUCUUUGGCGUGCUCUUCUCGGCGCACGUGGCACGGAACGUGAGGGGGCUCGACCGCGGAGCGCUGACGGAGGUCUCGUUCCUGAUGGGACGCGUCGGCAUCGCGUGCUGGGAUGCGGUGGAGACGAACUCGCUCGAGUUCUGCCUCGCCGCCCGCCUCAAGGUCUGGAUGCAGGGGCUCCUAAGGCGCCCUCGGCUGAAGUCCAGCAUCCACACGAGGCCGACCUCAGUCCCAACGGAAUCACUGCUCUACGUCCUGACUGCCCUGGACAAGAUGGCAAUGGAGAUAAACUCCGGCACCUGCGACCUGCCCAUCGACCAGGUGAACGAGUUGACUGCACGCUACAACUUCAUCCCGCUCUUCGAGAUUGCCGGGAGGUGGGCACGUACUGCGCGUGACGACAGGACCGGCUGGUAG